AUGGGGGCUUAUCUGUCGCGUCCGAAAACAGAGAAGGAGACGACUUCCGGGGCAAAUUCUUAUCUUUCCUAUGGAGCUGCUUCAAUGCAAGGCUGGCGAAGAUUUCAGGAGGAUGCUCACAACUGUCUGUUGGAAUUUGAUCCGAAACGCAAAGCUGCCUACUUUGCGGUUUACGACGGACAUGGUGGUGCUGAAGUGGCCAAGUACUGCGCAGCCCACCUGCCUGACUUCCUUCGGGAACAGUCUGUCUAUAGUGAAGAACCCGUUAAUCCAACCGCCCUACUUAAAAAUACAUUUGUCGACUUCGACUGCACCCUUGUCUCUCCAGAGGUGAGCUGCUUUUGCUAUACUUCUCUCAACCCUCACUCUGUUCUCAAGGAUGCUCUGUUUUGUCCUAUUGCCCUACUAUCUACCAUUGGGUACAAAAACGUUGGAUUAUUGGUGGAAAUUCACAGAGAUAAGGUUAAGAUCCUGAAGUCUCUUUAUGUCACGAUUGGCCUUGCGCAAGCCGGGCAGUCCUCAGGCAGAGCCCGUCUUUCCGAGGUCAAAUCGAAACUGUGGAGUAUAAUGAAUUCCGAGGGUGAGGGAGCCGAACCCGCAGAACGGGCGGAAGGACCCGAGGAGGAUGGAGAUGACGAUGAUGAUGAUGAUGAGGUCCCAGAAGGCCUGGAAGAGGUCGCCGCACUGCACGACGAGGCCAGCAAACCCAUUGAGUAUGUUCUCAAACAAUACGGUGAGGUCAGUAACGUCAGUAGCUUCCUCAAGUCCCUUCUAAGCAGUUUCAAGUCGAAGGGAGACAAAAACGAGGCCAGUGGAUCAAGCAGCGCCGAACAACCCGACGGACAGCCCUCUUCGACCGCGGCGGACGCAGAAACUGCAAAGGAAGAGAAGGCUUCCUCGGAAGUUGCCGAGGAGGACAACGAUCCUACGAGAAAAAUCUCAACUGCAUCCAGUCUUAACGAAUUUUCCACUAGGCCUAUGCUAGUGGAUGAGGACGAGGUUGAAGUCAUUGUGUCCGGCCCAAGUUCUUCUAAGGCUUCUAAGUCAAAAGCGGCGGCCAAAGUGCCGGUCCCUACCGUAAAGGAGGCUGAAAAUGAAGAGGACGAUGAUGACAAUGAUCGAGACUACCAGGUUGGAGAUGAGGAGGAGGAAGAAGACGAUGCUGCUGCGGAAGAUGAUGAUGAAGAAGUGGAAGGCGGCGAGGAUGAUGAUGACGAGGAGGAGGAUGAAGAGGAAUCGGGUGAAGACGAGUACGAGGAUGAAGACGAGGAGGAUGACUAUACACCCAGUCACUUCUUCGCACCCAAACCGGUGGCGUACAACGAGCCGGGUGUGGACAGCGGUACCACUGCCUGUGUGGCCUUCCUCCUGCCUGAGCUG